AUGGUCCGCAACGUUGUGAACGCGGCCAAGUCGGCUUCAAGCGUCGUCUCUAUCAACUAUAAAUAUUCUGUUCAGUCCACUGGUUUAUGGGAGCGCCUCCGCCGCCUACUCGCUAUCGAUCCCGAACGUUCAACUGGUGUGCCAUUGAACUCUCAAUUUCGUCUUCCCACUCCUGGAGCGCUUCCUCCGCUGUCCUAUGACGAUCCCGUCACGGUUCCGGCCGGUGAUAUCGCUGACAACCCAUACUGGAAGCGUGAUGUCCGCAGAAACUACCCAAGAACCAGCACGGUAAAUCAAGCGGAUGCUGUUGGCCUUCUUACCGUAGGAAGCCAAGCUGCGCCCAAGGAAGAUAUCCUACAGAUUGGCGAGGCUGGUCAGAAGCAGCUCGUAUCUGUCAAGCAGGAGGGCCAAGAGCGCGGCCUGGCGGGUCUGUUCCAGAAGGACAAGCAUGGCAUCAACGGUGUCUUAGGCCCCAACGGCUUGCCGCCAACGCCGUGUAACUUGAACUCUGCUUCCAAGUAUCAGAUCGAUAAUGAUCACGGUUAUCCUAAUGUGUAUCCCUGCCGCACCUUUGUUUGA